UUCACUCUGCCCGUUCUAGGUCGGAGCAAGUUGGGUGACGGCAAAAUUUUUCCAUUCAUAUACGAACAAAAUAUAUUUAAUUAUAUUUAAGAUUUAAAGUAAUUAAAUAUGAAUGCGAUAAAUAAAACAGCGAUAGGAAUAGCUGCUGGAGUAGCGGGUACACUUUUCAUCGGUUAUUGCAUUUAUUUCGACAGUAAAAGACGUGCUGACCCCGAAUACAAAAAGAAAGUCCGUGAACGCAGACGUCGUACCCGUAAGAAUGGAAACGCUGGCCGUAGUGGUAUCCCCAAUCUCAAUGACCAUGAAGCAAUUGAAAGGUAUUUCUUACAAGAAAUCCAGUUAGGUGAAACAUUAAUUGCUCGGGGUGAAUUUGAAACUGGUGUAGAACAUCUAGCUAAUGCUAUUGUUGUUUGCGGUCAACCGGCACGUCUGCUGCAAGUGUUGCAAACAUCCUUACCAGCACAAGUAUUUGCAAUGCUGAUCUUGAAAAUGCAAGAAUUCGGUAAUCGUGCAAAUGCGGAAAUGAGUGACACACCUAAAAUAGUGGCAGCUAACUCAAUUGGGGCUGCAGACAUGCCACUUGGACUUGAUGGCGCCCAAUCUUCAGUACUAAUUGAUGACCUAGAAUAGUUGUUGAGCAUCUCUUUAAAUAAAAUUGCUUAAUACACAUAAAACAUGCAUAUAUUGGUUGCCUAUGUAUCUAAAUGGAAUGUUUAAUUACCUAUGCUUUUAUGUACAAAUACUUCUUAAAAAACCUAAUAUAUACUUAAAAUAAAAUUAAAUAGAAUGGAAUUUUUCACAGCUUCUUAAUGAAGAAUUUGUAAAUGUUCCUUCGAAUGUAAUAAGAUUCAAAUAAUUGGCAAGUUUGCGUUGAAUUAAAAUUUGAAGUUAUUAACUGUUAAAUAAACCUGAAGUUGUCAGUAGCAAUUAAACUACCAAAAUAUAAGAU